AGGUAAAUUAACAUGAUGGAUUUCUCCAAGCUACCCAAAAUACUUGAUGAAGAUAAAGAAAGCACAUUUGGUUAUGUGCAUGGGGUGUCAGGACCUGUGGUUACAGCCUGUGACAUGGCAGGUGCAGCCAUGUAUGAACUGGUCAGAGUGGGCCACAGCGAGUUGGUUGGAGAGAUUAUCCGAUUGGAAGGUGACAUGGCCACCAUCCAGGUGUAUGAAGAAACCUCUGGCGUGUCUGUUGGAGAUCCUGUACUCCGCACUGGUAAACCUCUCUCAGUAGAGCUUGGUCCUGGCAUUAUGGGAGCCAUUUUUGAUGGUAUUCAAAGACCUUUGUCAGACAUCAGCAGUCAAACUCAAAGUAUUUACAUUCCCAGAGGAGUAAAUGUAUCUGCUCUUAGCAGGGAUGUCAAAUGGGAGUUCACACCUAGCAAAAACCUCCGGGUGGGUAGUCACAUCACUGGUGGAGAUAUUUAUGGAAUUGUCAAUGAGAACUCGCUCAUCAAACACAGAAUCAUGUUGCCCCCACGAAACAGAGGAACUGUAACUUAUAUUGCUCCCCCUGGAAAUUACGAUACUUCUGAUGUUGUAUUGGAGCUUGAAUUUGAAGGUGUAAAGGAGAAGUUCAGCAUGGUCCAAGUGUGGCCUGUACGUCAGGUUCGACCUGUCACUGAGAAGCUGCCGGCUAAUCAUCCUCUGUUGACUGGCCAGAGAGUUCUUGAUGCCCUUUUUCCGUGUGUACAGGGAGGAACUACUGCAAUCCCUGGGGCCUUUGGCUGUGGGAAGACAGUGAUAUCACAGUCUCUGUCCAAGUAUUCCAACAGUGAUGUGAUCAUCUAUGUAGGAUGUGGUGAAAGAGGAAAUGAGAUGUCUGAAGUCCUCCGGGAUUUCCCAGAGCUCACGAUGGAAGUUGAUGGUAAGGUAGAGUCAAUUAUGAAGAGGACAGCAUUGGUAGCCAAUACCUCCAAUAUGCCUGUUGCUGCUAGAGAAGCCUCUAUUUAUACUGGAAUUACACUGUCAGAAUAUUUCCGUGACAUGGGCUACCACGUCAGUAUGAUGGCUGACUCUACCUCCAGAUGGGCUGAGGCCCUUAGAGAAAUAUCUGGUCGCUUAGCUGAGAUGCCUGCAGAUAGUGGAUAUCCUGCAUAUCUUGGUGCCCGUCUGGCCUCUUUCUAUGAGCGAGCUGGCAGAGUGAAAUGCCUUGGAAAUCCUGAAAGAGAAGGGAGCGUCAGCAUUGUAGGAGCAGUUUCUCCGCCUGGUGGUGAUUUUUCUGAUCCAGUUACAUCUGCUACUCUUGGUAUUGUUCAGGUGUUCUGGGGCUUAGAUAAAAAACUAGCUCAACGUAAGCAUUUCCCCUCUGUCAACUGGCUGAUCAGCUACAGCAAGUACAUGCGUGCCUUGGAUGAAUACUAUGACAAACACUUCACUGAGUUUGUUCCUCUCAGGACCAAAGCUAAGGAGAUUCUGCAGGAAGAAGAAGAUUUGGCAGAAAUUGUACAGCUUGUGGGAAAGGCUUCCCUAGCAGAAACAGAUAAAAUCACUCUGGAGGUAGCAAAGCUUAUCAAAGAUGAUUUCCUACAGCAAAAUGGAUAUACUCCUUAUGACAGGUUCUGCCCCUUCUACAAGACAGUAGGGAUGUUGUCCAACAUGAUUGCAUUUUAUGACAUGGCCCGCAGAGCUGUUGAAACCACCGCCCAGAGUGACAACAAAAUCACAUGGUCCAUUAUCCGUGAGCACAUGGGGGAGAUCCUCUAUAAGCUCUCCUCCAUGAAAUUCAAGGAUCCAGUGAAAGAUGGUGAGGCCAAGAUCAAGGCCGACUAUGCACAACUACUGGAAGAUAUGCAGAAUGCAUUCCGUAGCCUUGAAGAUUAGACCUAGGAUUCUUUCCUCCUUUUCCUCAGCAAGCUCUCAUAUGUGUAUAUUUUCCUAAAGUUCUCAUCUCAAUCCCUCUGCUUCUUUAUUGUGCAGCUUUGAGACUAGUGCCUGGGUGUACAUGUUAUCAUUUGUGUCCCUGUUUAUUUGAUAAGUCUUAUAUAAAACAAACAUUCCUUUGUUCCAGUGUU